AUGAGGUACCAAGUUGUUUCAUCUCCAAAAAAUGUUGUCUGGUUUCUUACUUUACUAACCAUCACUGUGUUUUUCCACUGUUCUGCUACUGCAAAAACGCAGAAUAGUCUGAAAAGAGGCUCUUCUCUCUCAGUUGAAGAUGACUCGGACUUCCUAACUUCCCCAGAUGAGUCUUUCACAUGUGGGUUCUAUGGGGUGGGCACAAAUGCUUACUGGUUCUCAACAUGGUUCACAAACUCUAAAAGCAGAACAGUUUUUUGGAUGGCUAACAGAGACAAGCCUGUCAAUAGCCUUGGCUCCAGAGUUUCGCUUCGAAAAGAUGGCUCGUUGGUCUUGACCGAUGUGGAUGGCGCAACUGUCUGGCAGACCAGCACCAACUCCAGUAGCCUUGAUGUUGAGAGAGCAGAGCUUUUGAAUUCUGGCAACCUUGUUCUGAAAGAUGCUCAUGGUAAAAUUCUGUGGCAAAGCUUUGAUUUUCCCACUGAUACUCUUCUCCCAAACCAACCCUUUACAAAGAGCAAGAAGCUGAUAUCCACUUUAGGAAGAGGGACUUUUGGUACUGGCUAUUUCAGUUUCUAUUUUGAUAAUGAUAAUGUUCUCAAGUUGAUGUAUGAUGGUCCUGACAUUUCAAGCUUAUAUUGGCCUGAUCCCGAUUAUAGUGUAUUUUUAAAUGGUAGAACAAACUAUAACAGUAGCAGGAUAGCUGUUUUAGAUGACUCUGGCAAUUUUUUGUCCAGUGAUAAAUUGCAAUUCAGUGCUUCUGACAUGGGUGUAGGCGUAAAAAGGCGGUUGACAAUGGAUUAUGAUGGGAACCUAAGACUUUAUAGUCUCAACAGUUUGACAGGAUUCUGGGUGAUCACCUGGGAAGCUAUGGGAGAGCUGUGCAAGGUGCAUGGCAUCUGUGGAAGAAAUGGGAUUUGUAUUUAUACACCACAGCCCAAGUGCUCAUGCCCUCCUGGCUAUGAAGUAGUUGACACAAGUAACUUGAACAAGGGUUGCAAGCCUAAGUUUAAUCUUACUUGCUCACAGUCCCAGCAAGUGAAAUUUGUGCAGAUUCAGCAAGUAGAUUUCUAUGGAUUUGAUCUCAACUAUAGUGAACCCAUUUCAUUUGACAAUUGCAGAAAAUUUUGCUUGGAGGAUUGCCGGUGCGAAGCAUUUAGCUAUAGGCUAACAGGGGAAGGUAGGUGUUAUACAAAGAGUGCUCUUUUCAAUGGGUACAAGUCUCCAAAUUUUCCGGGGAGCAUAUACUUAAGACUGCCUAUGAGUGUGGAAGCAUCACUAUCUACCAAACUAAAUGCCUCUGAUGCAUGCAGCAGGACCAAUGUGACCAAGGUUGUAGUAGGUUCUCCUUCCAUGUAUGCUAAUUCCAGUAAAAGGUUAAGAUGGGUGUAUAUGUAUUGGUUUGCUUUUGCAGUUGGUGCGGUUGAAAUUCUCUUCAUACUUUCAGCUUGGUGGCUACUUUUCAGAAGACGCGGUGCAGCAGCUCCAAUAGAAGAUGGAUAUCAUGUGAUUUCAAGUCAAUUUAGAAUGUUUCGCUAUCCUGAGCUCAAUAAGGCAACCAAAAACUUCAAGGAAGAGCUGGGAAGAGGGGCUUCUGGGGCUGUUUACAAGGGUGUGCUGGCAGAUGAAAGAGUGGUAGCUGUCAAGAAAUUGGCAGAUAUAUAUCAUGGGGAAGAUGUAUUUUGGGCAGAAGUAAGCACAAUUGGAAAAAUCAACCACAUGAACCUAGUGAGAAUAUGGGGAUUCUGUUCAGAUGAUAAACACAGACUCCUGGUCUCUGAGUAUGUUGAAAAUGGUUCCUUGGACAAGCACCUCUUCCCCCCAAACUUUCUUGGAUGGAUAGAGAGGUUUAAAGUUGCAAUAGGGAUAGCUAAGGGUUUAGCCUAUCUUCACCAUGAGUGUCUAGAAUGGGUUAUCCAUUGUGACGUGAAACCUGAGAACAUACUCCUAGACAGUAACUUUGAGCCAAAGAUUGCAGAUUUUGGGCUAGCAAAGUUAUCUCAGAGAGACAGCCUCAGUUCAAUGUUCUCUCGAAUUCGCGGAACGAAAGGGUAUAUGGCUCCAGAGUGGGCUUUGAACCUUCCAAUCACUGCCAAAGUGGAUGUUUAUAGUUAUGGAGUGCUGAUUUUAGAGAUAGUGAAGGGGAUCCGACUUUCGAGUUGGGUGGUGGAGGAUAGUGAGGAUCAAGAAGCAGAGCUGACAAGGUUUGUGAGGGUGGCUAAAAAGAAAAUCCGAAGUGGGGAAGACCAAUGGAUAGAGGAUAUGUUGGAUCCAAGGUUAGAAGGGCGGUUCAGCAGAAACCAAGCAGCAAAGAUGGUUGAGAUUGGUGUUUCCUGUGUGGAGGAAGAUAGGAGCAAAAGACCAACAAUGGAUUCAGUGGUACAAGAGUUGCUAGAAUGUGCAGAUGAAUCUCAUGCUGGUUCUCCACACAAGAAAUAA